GGAACUGGGAUAGGGAGGAGUGGUGUGUGUUGGCAUUUUGGACACAUUUGGAUCAAAGUGCAAUAAAACUGUCAAUGCUGUCGUUCCGCGUCUCCACAAACAACAGCCAGACAUUUCCUAAUGCAGAAACAGCUCUAAAAGGCGACACAUUCACUCGAUAAACAAGAGCAGUGGUGAGGAAGGAGAAUGGGGAAGAAGGAUGCCAGUGCGACCAGAUUACCUGUCGAACAGUACAGAAAACAGAUCGGUAAACAGGACUACAAAAAGACAAAGUUAGAUUUAAAGCUAACACGGCUGAAAGCUGAAGCAAAGAAGAAUUCCUCUGGAUUCAAGGAUGCGUUCCUGGUCAUCGCAGCAAUCGCGUUCUUCGUCCUCUGCGUCUACGCCUUCUUCUACCUCAACCUGAGCACCGAGCUGGACCUGGAUGUGGACGUGGAUUAAUGAUCGGGACACAGUCUGUCAGCUUCUUUAACUCACUUUUGGUGACGCUGUGACAAGAAACCUUAAGGAGAAAUGACCCAAUGCAUCAAAUAACUCAAGUUUCAGGACAUUUUUAAACAGAUUUUCUUCCUUCCCUUUAUUUUUCUGCUUGGGAGCACACAAACGUAAAUCUAAGGAUACUUUACUAUACCAUGUUUCUACAUUUAUAAAUGUCAGUUCUUCUGUUCUUUCCCUAUAUGAGUGUGUGGCUUUGUUUCUCUUCCCUUUUUACACAAUGCUUCCAAACUCCAGUGGAGACCAACCCUCUGCUAAUCAUAUUCCGCAGAAUCACGUCCCACUGUUUCCUGCACUAAUAGAAAAAUGUAAAUCUCCCACUGAAGCUCUCGUCACAUCGAGACAAACACUUGCCUCACAUUCCAGUGCCCAAACCUCUCCUCCCGGAUAUCUGCAGAUCACAAAGUGUGAGAUUAGAAUCCACAAAGCCCUCGCUCUGAUUGAAUGUGUGUGCAGAAUACAGAACAACACAUUCAACCUGCUGCACCAAGACAGACAUUCACAGGAUUAGCUUUACAAAUAUCAUUCCUCUUCGUUCAUUUGAAUGGAAAUUACCGACAUGUACGUGGACUGAUUCGAGGUGAGCCUCUGUAUUCCUCUUCAGGAACACCUUGAUAAUUCUCCUUCUUGUCAAAUGUAUGUAUUGUGUGAAGGUUCUGUCAAAGACUCUUUAUCAAUGCACAAGUACUGCGAGGUGCAACGGCUGACCUUCUUUUAAGCAUCUCGGUCCAAGUGCUUUCAUUAUUUGAGAAGUUCUUUGUUCGCAGUGCAAGCAGGAGCUUUUACCGAGUCCAUUUUUCUGUUUGAAAUUGCAACGCUUUCCAAGUUAUUAUCAGUUUCCAUUCCAUCUAUCUUCAGCACUCAUGAACCUUAACUAUCAGUAGCAAUUCUUUUCUCUUAAAGCAAUAAUGCAUUGUUUUCGAUAUGACUCUUUUAUAUAUGUAUUGUUGUGUAAUGGAAGCUUUGAAUGAAGAACCAAGCGAAUCUUGUCCAAACUGAACGUGUUUACUUUAUAAUAAUUUAACAGUUUCCAACAAGAACGGUGGAAGACGGAGAAAAUGCACUCGACAUACACGUAUUCAUUUCUAUAUCAAAACAGGAAGGAGCAAAAGCAGAACACAUACUUGCACUUCAAAAUAAAAGCAUUUUCUUUUUUACCUUCAACAUUUUACCCUUAACUUCUGUCAAGAAGCAAAUAAACAAAUGUUUUUACUGCUUUAAAUAAAAGAAGUUACAACACGUAUGAUGCAUGAAAGGCUAAUGGAAAAUACACAAGAGGCCUUGUUGCUUAUAUCUGACAUGUCCCCCCCCCCUUUCCCUCUACCAUGUCUCUUUUAAUAACAAGUCUUGUGUCUGCCUCACGUGUUCAGAUGAAAUGUGAGACUGAAUUUUGAGCUUUAAGUUUCUGCCUUUUUCCUCCCAUGACCUCCCUCACCUCUAGUGAAAGUCUUCAUGUCCAAGAAACCAUUAUGAUAAGCAAGCGCCACUACCCUCACCCAGGAGCUUUUAUCUGGCCUAGGUUCAUCCAGACCCCCCCCCCCCCCCCCCCCCCCCCCCCGGGUCACUCACAUGUGUAACAAUAGAUUUCCCGACCUUUGUAUAGUUGACACCUGUUAUCUAAAAGGUCACCAUUACAUACUACAUGAGCUCUGACAUCCACACAAUGCAUAGGAUCUCGCAGGACAACAUAUUUAUGAGGUGCAAGUUAUGUUGCUGCUUUUUGAAUUGGUAUUUGAAUUGCUAUACAAACAUUUUUAAGGUUUGUUUUGUCCUUAUUUCUCAGUUACUGUGUGAUGAUAUAUUUUCUUUGUGUUUUUUGUCAAAUUGCUUUGAAGAUUAAAACCAUGUAUCAUUCUGUGAAGAUAUAUAAAUAAUGUGAAAGGAGAUUAAAGCACCUUUUCAAUA